AUGGAUCAUACAAAAGAGAAAGACGAGAUAACCUCAUUCUCAUUUCAACUGCAGGAAGGCACAACAUCAGAUGACUCCCAAUCAGGAUCAAAAUGGCAGCAUUUCAAAGAUACAUUCAAAAGAGCUAAUGGCAUUAGUCAUAUUGAUAAAGGAAAUCUUGAUGAUAUUGAACGAGCUAACCUCGGUACAACUACUGGGGAUUUACAUCGAGAAUUAAAGAACAAACAUAUUCAAAUGAUUGCAUUGGGUGGGAGUAUAGGUACCGGUCUUUUGAUCGGCAGUGGUGGUGCAUUACACACAGGUGGUCCAGCCGCAUUAUUGAUUGCAUGGGGUCUUGUGGGUACAAUGGUUUUCUGUGUUAUUCAUUCCCUUGGUGAAAUGUGUGUCGCAUUUCCUGUUAAUGGGGCUUUUUCUACAUAUGCUACCAGAUUUGUUGAUUCAUCUUGGGGUUUCGCAGUUGGUUGGAACUAUGCUCUUAUGUGGUUGAUUGUGUUGCCAUUAGAGUUGGUUGCUGCAUCUAUGUGUAUUCAAUAUUGGAAUUCGAACAUAAACCCGGCUGCUUGGGUUGUUCUAUUUUACUUAUUUAUUUUUGCAAUUAAUUUAUUCGGUGUUAAAGGUUAUGGUGAAGCAGAAUUUUAUUUAACUAUUUUUAAAGUCAUUGCCAUUGUUGGCUUCAUCAUCUUGGGUGUAGUUUUAGUUUGUGGUGGUGGUCCAACUCAUGAAUUUGUUGGAAACAAGAACUGGAAAGUUGGUGCAUUCGCAAAUGGAUUCAAAGGGGUAGCAACUACUUUUAUCACUGCUUCGUACUCCCUUGCCGGUUCAGAAAUGGUUGGUUUAGCAAGUGCCGAAGUUGCCAAUCCAAGAAAGCAUUUACCUAAAGCCGUCAGACAAGUCUUUUGGAGAAUAUUUUUAUUUUACUUUUUGUCAUUAACCAUGAUUGGUUUAUUAGUUCCAUACGACCACCCCUCAUUGCUCGGUGCCAGUGGAACAAGUGCUUCGCCAUUCGUUAUUGCAAUCCAAGAAGGUGGUAUCAAGGCAUUACCGUCCAUCUUUAACGCCUGUAUCUUAAUCUCCGUCAUUUCCGUCGGUAACUCAGCUGUUUUUGGUUGUUCACGUACUAUUCAAAGUUUGGGUGCCCAAGGACUUGCCCCAGAGAUUUUUGCUUUUGUCGAUCGUAAAGGUCGUCCAUUGGCUGGAUUGGCACUUUCUGCAGUCUUUGGUUUACUUUGUUUCCUUUCAGCUUAUCACGAUGAAGGAACGGUUUUCGGCUGGUUAUUGAGUGUGUCUGGUUUAGCUACCAUAUUUUCCUGGGGAAAUAUUGCCCUUUGUCAUGUAAGAUUCAGAUUAGCCAUGAGGGUCCAAAAUAGAUCACUUGAGGAAUUGAGUUUUACUUCUAUUGCUGGAAUUUGGGGAUCUAUUUAUUCAAUUGGGUUCCUUUGUUUGGUAUUGGGAGUUCAAUUCUGGACUGCUUUGUUCCCAUUGGGAAGCAAUGGUCAUGCUAGUGCUGAAAGCUUUUUCCAAAAUUAUUUGGGUUCAGUUGUUAUAUUGAUUUUCUAUAUCGGUCAUAAGUUAUACAGUAGAAACUGGAGAAUUUACUUAAAGCUUGAAGAGAUCGAUUUAGAUACGGGAAGAAGAGUAGUGGAUAUCGAGUUGAUUAAAGCGGAAAUUGAAGAAGAAAAAGCAGCUAAUAGAUUAAAACCUAUGUAUAAACGAAUCUGGAACUAUUGGUUCUAA